GAGCGCGCCUGGCCAUUAGCGACCGGGAGCUGCGCGGGCGCGAGGGAGUCGGGGCUCCGGGUGGUCGGCAGCAGCAUAGGCGCCCCGCGCAGGCUGGAGGCCGCCGAGGCUCGCCAUGCCGGGAGGACUGUAGCUCCCCCAUGGAGUCGGCCGACUUCUACGAGGCGGAGCCGCGGCCCCCGAUGAGCAGCCACCUCCAGAGUCCCCCGCACGCGCCCAGCAGCGCCGCCUUCGGCUUUCCCCGGGGCGCGGGCUCCGCGCAGCCCCCCGCCCCACCUGCCGCCCCAGAGCCGCUGGGCGGCAUCUGCGAACACGAGACGUCCAUCGACAUCAGCGCCUACAUCGACCCGGCCGCCUUCAACGACGAGUUCCUGGCCGACCUGUUCCAGCACAGCCGGCAGCAGGAGAAGGCCAAGGCGGCUGCGGCCCCCGCAGGAGCCGGCGGCGGUGACUUUGACUACACGGGCGCCCCCGGGGGGCCCGGCGGCGCCGCGAUGCCGGGAGGGACGCACGGCCCCCCUCCUGGCUACGGCUGCGCCGCGGCCGGCUACCUGGACGGCAGGCUGGAGCCCCUGUACGAGCGCGUCGGGGCGCCGGCGUUGCGACCGCUGGUGAUCAAGCAGGAGCCGCGCGAGGAGGACGAGGCGAAGCAGCUGGCGCUGGCCGGCCUCUUCCCCUACCAGCCGCCGCCGCCGCCGCCGCCGCCGCACCCGCACCCACCGCCCGCGCACCUGGCCGCCCCUCACCUGCAGUUCCAGAUCGCGCACUGCGGCCAGACCACCAUGCACCUGCAGCCCGGCCACCCCACGCCGCCGCCCACGCCCGUGCCCAGCCCUCACCCAGCACCGGCUCUCGGUGCCGCUGGCUUGCCAGGCCCCGGCGGCGCGCUCAAGGGGCUGGCGGCCGCGCACCCCGACCUCCGCGCGGGCGGCGGCGGCGGCGGCGGCGCGGGCAAAGUCAAGAAGUCGGUGGACAAGAACAGCAACGAGUACCGGGUGCGGCGCGAGCGCAACAACAUCGCGGUGCGCAAGAGCCGGGACAAGGCCAAGCAGCGCAACGUGGAGACACAGCAGAAGGUGCUGGAGCUGACCAGUGACAAUGACCGCCUGCGCAAGCGGGUGGAACAACUGAGCCGCGAACUGGACACGCUGCGGGGCAUCUUCCGCCAGCUGCCCGAGAGCUCCCUGGUCAAGGCCAUGGGCAACUGCGCGUGAGACGCGGGGCGGCGGGACCGCCCUGGGCCGGCCGCUGGCUGGGACCCAGGGAGUGGUUUCGGGUCUCCGGAUCUCAAGACUGCCCCAGCGGCGCAGGCCGGGACUAGGAGAUUCCGGUGCCGCCAGAAAGCCUGGCCUGCCGCGCGCGCCCCUUGCCUUCCUCUGCGCCAGAUUCGGUGCGUCUAAGAUGAGGGGUCAGGCAGUGGUUUCUCCCUGCCGGAGAGGAGAAGUGCCAUGGGGCUCAGCCGGAAGCCCGGCAGCUCCAGUAUUAAGGAAUAACCUUGUGCCUUGGAAACGCAAACUCACCGCUCCGAUUCCUACCGAGUAGGUGGAGCAAAUACGUGCCUUGUCAUUUUAUUUGGAGGGUUCCUGCCUCAUUCCUGAGGCUGCAGGCCUCCAUGAGAGAAGGCAAUGUGCGGCCUAUGGCAGGAGAAAGGUUCAGGGAGCAGGGAUCCCAACAAGCCAGCCCUAGCCGCUCCUCAAUGCCUGUCCUCGGAGGGGAGGAGAUACCGGGACUUGGAACGUUGUUCCCCUAGUCCUACAUGAAGGUGGAGGGUCCCUAGUUCCUUGCCUCUAAUCUCCCAGCCUGUGACAGGCUGGGCUUCCCUGGGCAGAACCCACUGGGAUGGGGGGUCACCAGGUGACCAGUGGGAGCCCCCUGCCCCCAGUCAGAUCAGAAAGCUAGGUCAUGGGUGAGCUGUAAGGACAUGUGUUCAUGGGAGUGGUGGCCUGGUGGAAGAGGGAAACCCAGAGAUCUGGUCGGGGGUGGGGGUGGGGUGAAGGGACACUGGGACCAUCAGCCUUGUACUGUAUGUUGCCAGCAUUGCAUACAAACAUGAAGCACAAUCUGUCCAUCCCAGAGGGACCGAAGUUAUGAGAAGCUUUCCAAAUAUUUUGCUUUAUCAGCCGAUAUCAACACUUGUAUCUGGCCUCUCUGUGUCCCAGCGGUGCCUUGAGCAAUGUGAAUGUGCACGUCUAUGCUAAACCACCAUUUUAUUUGGUUUUUGUUUUGUUUUGGUUUUGCUCAGAUACUUGCCAAAAUGAGACUCUUUGUCAGCAGCUGCAGGGAGGGUCUGCGGCUCUCUUUCCUUUUGGUUUUUGGGAUUGCUUUUGCUCCCAAGGGAACCAAAGAGGUGAGGUGGGCUUCCUCUUUCCCGGGGAGGGGGGGGGGGUGAUGAAGGGGGUGUGGGGCUAUGGGCCUCGCUCCCCUCUGGCCUGGGCUGCCCACAGGCUUGCCCCCACCAGAGGCCCUGGCUCCUGGUCUGGAGGGAGGCGGCCUCCAGCCAGCACGCACAGAUCGGCGGGGCUGGGAGCAGGGAAGGACAGCUUGGUUCUCUUCUUUGGGGAGAACGCAGAGUUUCAUGCUAGAUGUUUUAUGUAUUAUAUCUAUAAUAUAAACAUAUCAAAGUAAA